GGUCAGACAACUUUGGGAACCUGGGAGCAGUAGCCAAGAAGGGAGAGGAGAGGACAGGCAAGCAGAGCAACGGGCUGGAGGCUGGACAGGCCUUUGGAUUCAGGACUGUGACAUGAAGCUGCUACCCAGCUGGACAGCGGUGCUGCCUGGGAGCCCUCGGGGCAGGGCCUGGCCGUGGGCACAGCGACUCAGAAGAACAGCUCACACCUGUGCCCCAAAGAUGAGGGCCCGGGAGGACGCUGAGGGCCAGACACAGCAUGAGUCCCUGGGCUCAGCAGGGACCUCCACGAGGCACCCCCCAGUGUCCCUGUCCACAGAACCCAAGUUUGACAUGUUGUACAAGAUCGAAGAUGUGCCACCCUGGUACCUGUGCGUCCUGCUGGGCUUCCAGCACUACCUGACGUGCUUCAGUGGCACCAUUGCUGUGCCCUUCCUGCUGGCUGAGGCGCUGUGUGUGGGCCGUGACCAGUACAUGGUCAGCCAGCUCAUUGGCACCAUCUUCACCUGUGUGGGCAUCACCACCCUCAUCCAGACCACACUGGGCAUUCGCGCCGCUCUCUGCCGACCCCCCGCUCCCCAUCUCCCUUAUCUCGUUCCUGCCUCCCCCACUCCCAUCCUGUCCCUGUGGCUCUGUGCCUCUGUUUUCAGGCUGCCGCUGUUCCAGGCCAGUGCUUUUGCAUUUCUGGUUCCAGCAAAAGCCAUCCUGGCCCUAGAGAGAUGGAAAUGCCCUCCAGAAGAGGAGAUCUAUGGUAACUGGAGUCUGCCCCUGAAUACCUCACAUAUUUGGCACCCACGGAUACGAGAGGUCCAGGGUGCAAUCAUGGUGUCCAGUAUGGUGGAGGUGGCGAUUGGGCUGAUGGGGCUGCCUGGGGCCCUGCUCAGCUACAUCGGGCCUCUUACAGUCACCCCCACUGUCUCCCUCAUUGGUCUCUCUGUCUUCCAAGCUGCUGGUGACCGAGCUGGCUCCCACUGGGGUAUCUCAGCUUGCUCCAUUCUCCUGAUCAUCCUUUUCUCCCAGUACCUGCGAAACCUCACCUUCCUGCUGCCUGUCUACCGCUGGGGAAAGGGCCUCACUCUCUUCCGUGUCCAGAUCUUCAAGAUGUUUCCCAUCGUGCUAGCCAUCAUGACCGUGUGGCUGCUCUGCUAUGUACUGACCCUGACGGAUGUGCUGCCCUCAGACCCCACAGCCUAUGGCUUCCAGGCACGAACAGAUGCCCGAGGGGACAUCAUGGCUAUUGCUCCCUGGAUCCGCAUCCCUUAUCCCUGUCAGUGGGGACUUCCCACUGUGACUGCAGCAGCUGUCCUGGGAAUGUUUAGUGCCACGUUAGCAGGCAUCAUUGAGUCCAUUGGGGAUUACUAUGCUUGUGCCCGCCUGGCUGGUGCACCACCCCCUCCAGUACACGCUAUCAACAGGGGUAUCUUCACCGAAGGCAUCUGCUGCAUUAUCGCGGGGCUGUUGGGCACGGGCAACGGGUCCACCUCAUCCAGUCCCAACAUUGGCGUCCUGGGGAUUACCAAGGUGGGCAGCCGGCGCGUGGUGCAGUAUGGUGCGGGCAUCAUGCUAGUUCUAGGCACCAUUGGCAAGUUCACAGCUCUCUUCGCCUCGCUCCCUGACCCCAUUCUAGGGGGGAUGUUCUGCACCCUUUUCGGCAUGAUCACCGCUGUGGGGCUGUCUAACCUGCAGUUUGUGGACAUGAACUCCUCCCGCAAUCUCUUCGUGCUUGGGUUUUCCAUGUUCUUCGGUCUCACGCUGCCUAAUUACCUGGACUCCAACCCGCACGUCAUUAAUACAGGCGUUCCUGAAGUGGACCAGAUUCUGACUGUGCUGCUGACCACAGAGAUGUUCGUGGGUGGGUGCCUCGCUUUCAUACUGGACAACACAGUGCCAGGAAGCCCAGAAGAACGAGGUCUGAUACAGUGGAAAGCUGGGGCCCAUGCUGAUAGUGAGAUGUCUUCCAGCCUGAAAAGCUAUGACUUUCCCAUUGGGAUGAGCAUGGUAAAAAGAAUUUCCUUUCUGAAAUACAUUCCUAUCUGCCCAGUCUUCAAAGGAUUUCCUUCAAGGUCAAAAAACCAGCUUCCAGAUGCAGAAGAUAUCCCAGAAAACAAAGAGACCGUGUACACCAAGGUCUGAAAAAUUACUCCCAGGAAAG